AUGCAAAGUUGUCAAGACCUUCAAGAAAGCUAUGAUUUUAGCGUCGGCCUUGCCAACAUGCAAAUGCACUUCAAGCGCUAUGACGUCCUGGACGUUUUCACUAUUGUAAUUCCUUCCAAGAAUGCGAUCGUUGAACAAACAGGACAGUUAGAGACGGAUAAUUUUAACGUGACCAAGACAGUGUUUCUGUUCGAUCGCUACGCCGAACUUACCGCUGACCAGGUGGCAGAAAGCUGCAAGUGGUAUACAAGGUGGCCCGACGCAACCACCAGUCCUUGGUUCCGCGAGAACUUAAGCCUGUCCUAUGAUUAUCUGUGCAAUCAUAUGACUCCACAAUUAUGGGGCAAAGUUCUCGAAGACCUUCUUCCUUAUUGGGAUACCCAAGGAAUGGGCGGCCCCUUGGUCUUCUUCUUCAUGAUGAAACGCCUCCAAGUCAACUCUCAGCUCGUCGUGGAGACGAUUCAAGGCCAGCUCAAGACACUUCGCAUUGAUCAAUAUGAAGGAGAAAGCGUGGACAAUUUGGUUAGUCACAUUAAGGUGAUGUUGACUCGACUCAAGUCACUUGAAAAACGUAUCGAUGGGAGAGUGGUCUCCUCAAACGUUCCUCAUGACAUUGGCAAAACUCUCAUCUCCUUGUUCCAGACAUCAAGUGAUCCCAAGUUCAAUGAGGUUUUCCACAACAAAGAAAUCAACGCAUACGAGCAGGCACUUACUCAAGGCAAUGCUGCUUAUGGUUCCCCUGAUAUGAUACUCGAUCUCGCGACGAGCAUCUAUCAGAAUCGCAUGGCCUCUAAAGAGGGAUGGACUGGCCAAUUUCACAAGGUCAACGAAACUCUCAAAAGUGCUCCAACUCCAGCUCCAGCUCCUCCAGCUCCAGCUCCAGCUCCUCCAGCGGCUGCGGCUCCUGCUCCUCCUGCUCCGCCCGUCAACCAAGUCCCCUCUGGCGAUGCCUCUGCUUUGACCGCUGCAACUUCUCCUACCAACCUUCCUCAGAUUUGUCAGCAGGUCUCUGCCAUUGCAACGGGCAGCAUGAACCAACUCAUUGAUCAAGUGAACCGUGCCACUUGA